AUGAAUGUAUACAAGCCUAAAGGCAGCUCCCACAACUUCCACAGCUCCCACAGCCUCCACAGCCUCCACAGCUUCUACAGCUUCCACAGCUCCCACAGCUUCCACAGCUUCCACAGCUUCCACAACUUCCACAACUUCCACAGCUUCCACAGCUUCCACAACUUCCACAGCUACCACAGCUCCCACAGCUCCCACAACUUCCACAGCUUCCACAGCUCCCACAACUUCCACAGCUUCCACAGCUCCCACAGCUCCCACAACUUCCACAGCUUCCACAGGUCCCACAGGUCCCACAGCUCCCACAACUCCCACAGCUUCCACAGCUCCCACAGCUUCCACAGCUUCCACAACUUCCACAGCUACCACAGCUCCCACAGCUUCCACAGCUCCCACAGCCUCCACAGCUCCCACAGCUUCCACAGCUCCCACAACUUCCACAACUUCCACAGCUCCCACAACUUCCACAGCUUCCACAGCUCCCACAACAUCCACAACUUCCACAACUUCCACAGCUUCCACAGCUUCCACAGCUCCCACAACUUCCACAGCAUCCACAACACCCACAGCUUCCACAGCUCCCACAGAUUCCACAGCUCUGAUUGUUAA